AUGCUGCAAGGCACACCGCUGAGCUACGCCGGCCUCUCUCGGCCGUCGCGCGACAGUGCCACAAUUAAGCGCAGCGCUGUGCGGGCAUUGGCGACACAUCACCACCAGAAACAGCAAGCACAACGAAGUCUAUCGAUAGACAGGGUCACCGACUGCGCGGUGUACAGUGCAGAGGACGUCGCUGGUGCGCCAUCCUCAUCGCUGGACACGUGGAGCAGGUUCCUCAGCUCACAGUGGGCGGAGGCAGUGAAGGGGCGAUCGUUGGGGCCGUCCGAUGCGGCGCAUGUGAGCCAACCCUCUGGCGCCGACCUGAUCAGCUCCCUGCAGAGCGUUGUGUCUCGGCAGAACAAAGUAGUGGCUCAGCUGCAGGAGCAGCUGGUGGCGCAGCGGGCCAAGGAGGAGAAAGAAUGGGAGCACAACACGCAGCUCUCUGGGCCCACCUCCGCCAAGGCAGUGUCGGAGUCUUCUAAAAGUGCCAAGAAUAAGACGGUGGCUGCGGCGAAUGAUGGCAUUGCCGACAAGACGGCUGAAAACACGCAGGUGUGCGUUCUGCUUUCUCACGUACUGGUGCACGCACGCCUCCUCUGGGCCAGUGCCGUCUCGCAGUACUUCAAGGAGGCUGAGGCGCGCAAGUCCAGUCAUGGAAAAGUCACUCGAUCGCCCAGUAAAGCCGCCGCCAGGAUCACCACCGAGACCGCCAUGGAGGAGGAGCGCGUGGGGCUGCCAUCCAUCGCGUUGCUGUUCCGCUGUCUCGUGGACGGCAUCAACUCCGCAGACUCGCAGCAAGCCAUCGUCGCCGCUGGGGUGCUUUCAGCCUCCGCCUGGGACAACAGUGUGCUGGGCGUCGAUCAGCUGGGCAUCCUCACAGUAUUUGGCCCUCACGUACAGGCGCUUCGCACCUUCCCCGGCAUCGUUCCCCCGCUGGAGACGUUGCGCGAGUACUUCGCCGAGCUGCACCCCCAGCAACUCACCCUGUCCUAUCCAGGCGGAGCCCUGGACAGCACGUUGGAACUGGCGGAGGCACAGAUGGACGCGUUCCUGCGCUUCGGCGACGAGACGGAGCAGGUGGCCGCUCUCCUGCGCGAGGGGCUUCACCCCUCCAUGCGCCGGCUCCUGUACGCCCGUGCGCUGCAGGUGCCGUUGGCGGUGACAGACGGCAAGCCGAUAUUCGUGUCGCAGGAGGGACUCAUGACGAACCAUCUGCGCCACGGUCUCGCGUGCUACCUCACCUGCUCUUCCCGGAAGGCGCGCGACAUGGUAAAGCGGCGUUUCCAUCACCACUACUCCUCAGCGAAGCAGGAGGACCGCGCGCGGCUGCUGCAGCGCCUAGCCCUGGAUGACAUGUUAACCAGCGUUGGCGACAGCGACAAGUAUUUUGUAUAUAUCGACGACGUGGAAAUGCUUUCGACCGCGAUGGUGGUGGAUCGAAGCCUGGCAGACCCAAGGAUGGCGCAGGCACUGAGGCAGUUGGGCAGGCCGGAGGGGCAGCUCGAGAGCUACAUUACGUACCUGCAGUUUCCUGAUAAGGAUCUCCUCUACCAGAAGGCGCCACCCUGCGGCUUUUUCCCUGUGGAGGGGUUCACCUUCCUGCAAGGGGCCAUCUGCAACGUGACGAACGACACGGUCGAGCAGUACGAGCUGGUGGCAGCGAUGAUGGCGCAGCUGUGGAGUCGGCUGCAGGGUCCCACACCGGAACUCUUUCAGUGCUGUCUGCUCUUCGAGAGUCUCGUACAGCGGCUGGCGCUGCCGGCCGUCCUGCACGCAACUCGCGACCUGCAACACCCGCCGCUCGUGCUGGCCAUGCGAUGGAUGCUGACGGGCUUCGCAGAUUUUCUGGAUGCCUUCGAAGUACUCUCUUUCUGGGACCUGGUGCUGUCCUACCACAUGCGCGAGAUGCACCGCCGCAGUCCGCUCUCGUCACCCACUGGCCUUGCCAACGCCGCCCCGCGUGACACCACCACUCCUUGCGCGCUGUGGCUGCUGCCCAUGUACGCGGCAGCAAUCUUCGUAGCACGGGCCCCACUCGUGGAGGCCUGCAGGACGGCGGCCGAGGUGGAUGUCGUCUUCUCCACGGGCCACCAGCUGCGCGCCCGCUCACUCCUGCAGGGACUACUCUUUGGUUGCUGA